CUCGGCGCUGGCGGCAGAAGCGGCUGCGGCGGAGCAGGGCAGGGCCGGUUAGCGCUGCCGGAGCCAGGGCCGGAGCCGGAGCAGGAGCCGGAGACGCGGUCGCUGCCGGAGCGGGGUGCGCGGCGGGUCCGGAGACGAGCGGCGGCCGAGGUUCAUCUGCGGAUUCCGAGCCUCUGCAGCCGAUCUGAGUUGAACUGUCCCUGCGGCCCCCAGACCUUCAGAGAGAUGUCUGUCACUUACGAUGACUCCGUCGGGGUGGAAGUGUCCAGCGACAGCUUCUGGGAGGUCGGGAACUACAAGCGGACUGUGAAGCGCAUCGAGGACGGCCACCGCCUGUGCAGCGACCUCAUGAACUGCCUGCACGAGCGGGCGCGCAUCGAGAAGGCCUACGCGCAGCAGCUCACCGAGUGGGCCCGGCGCUGGCGGCAGCUCGUGGAGAAGGGGCCCCAGUACGGGACGCUGGAGAAGGCCUGGGUGGCCGUCACGUCGGAGGCGGAGGGGGUGAGCGAGCUGCACCUGCAGGUGAAGGCCGCGCUGAUGAGCGAGGACUUCGAGAAGAUCAAGAACUGGCAGAAGGAGGCCUUCCACAAGCAGAUGAUGGGGGGCUUCAAGGAGACUAAGGAGGCCGAGGACGGCUUUCGGAAGGCGCAGAAGCCCUGGGCCAAGAAGCUGAAAGAGGUGGAGGCGGCGAAGAAAGCCUACCACACAGCGUGCAAAGAGGAGAAGUUGGCGAUAUCGAGAGAAAACAAUAGCAAAGCGGACCCAUCCCUCAACCCUGAACAGCUGAAGAAAUUGCAAGACAAAGUAGAAAAAUGCAAGCAAGACGUCCUGAAGACCAGAGAGAAGUACGAGAAGGCGCUGAAGGAGCUGGACCAGGGCACGCCGCAGUACAUGGAGAACAUGGAGCAGGUGUUCGAGCAGUGCCAGCAGUUCGAGGAGAAGCGCCUGCGCUUCUUCCGGGAGGUCCUGCUGGAGGUCCAGAAGCACCUCGACCUGUCCACCGUGGCCAGCUACCGAAACAUCUACUGCGACCUGGAGCAGAGCAUCAAAGCGGCCGACGCGAUGGAGGACCUGAGGUGGUUCCGAGCCAACCACGGGCCGGGCAUGUCCAUGAACUGGCCGCAGUUCGAGGAGUGGUCUGCGGACAUGAACCGGACGCUCAGCCGCAGAGAGAAGAAGAAGACCACCGACGGCGUCACCCUGACGGGCAUCAACCAGACCGGCGACCAGGCUCUGCAGAACAAGCCCAGCAGCGACCUUAGUGUCCCCAGCAACCCCCCGCGGUCAGCGCAGUCACUGUCCAGCUACAACCCCUUCGAGGACGAGGACGACACGGGCAGCACCGUCAGUGAGAAGGAGGACGUUAAGCCCAAAACCGUGAGCAGCUUCGAGAAGACGCAGAGCUACCCCGCCGACUGGUCCGAGGAUGAGGCCAACAACCCGUUCUCCUCCUCGGACGCCAACGGGGACUCCAACCCGUUCGACGAGGACGCCGCCUCGGGCACGGGCACGGAGGUGCGGGUCCGCGCGCUGUACGACUACGAGGGGCAGGAGCACGACGAGCUGAGCCUCAAGGCGGGGGACGAGCUGACCAAGAUCGAGGACGAGGAUGACCAGGGCUGGUGCAAGGGGCGCCUGGACGACGGCCGGGUCGGCCUGUACCCAGCGAAUUACGUCGAGGCCAUCCAGUGACGGCCGAGGGCUGGCCGGCGGCGGGGCGGCCCCCGCGCUCCGUGAGCCGGCGGCCUGGGCAGCACUCCGGCACCUCCAGCUGGCCGUGCGGGCGGCCACUCCUGUUCCUGCAAAAGAUGAUGGUUCCAUUGCUCUUGGCUUCAUGGCGUCUCUCGGAGACGGACGAGCCGGCCACUCCCCUGGGACGGGCAGCCCUCCCGAGGCGCGGAGGGGACAUGUGAGCACAGGAAGACGCAGCGCGGCCGCCGGUGACGGCCCUGCCCGCUCCCCGCUCGGCGCGCGUGUGGCUUGGCGCGGGGCUGGGCAUCCCCGGCCUUGUCUGUGCGCCCGCCUCCGCGCCAGCGGUGGGCCGCCCCACGCUCGCCCCUGUGGCUCCCCCCUCUGAUGCGAGCGCCCCCCACCCUCGCCCCGAGCGAGCAAAUGUGUGUGCCAUUUCCCGAGGUUUUUAAUUGAAAGGCCGUGCGCGGCUGUACUUUUUCUCACCUGUCUGUCCGUUCGUUUGUGCUUGAAUCCCGGCGCAGACGGGGGUGUGCCGGGCUGGGGGAGCGGUGCCCCUGUCACCGCCUCGUGCUGCCCCACGGCCCGGCCUGCGCGGACGGGACGCCCGAGGCAGGAGGCCGCGGCGGCGCGGGAACACCUCACGGGGGGGUGUCCGCCGUGAGCGCGUGGGCUUCGGAAACAGCGUGUGCGGCGCUGCCCAAAGCCACCGCGUGUAAAGCCCAGUUCCUCCUCCGCGUGCUUCAACCGUGAGGCCCGCGCGGUGAGCACGCCGCCAGCGAGCGGACGGUCAGGCCGAGAAGACGCGCUGUUCCGGCGCGGCACCUGUAGCUCCAGGUGCUGCGCCAGUCAGGCCGCCGCGUCCUGGCGUGUGUCUGCGUGUGGUUUGACGUUCAGAGAAUCUAAAGAGCUUGUCUGCUGUUUCUGUGAGACUUUAGAGGCUCUCGACGGUGGAUGUAAUUCGGAAACUGCUCGAAGACCGUGGCGGUCGGGCCCAGGCCCGGCUGGCGGGCUGGGUGGGCCUCCUUGGGACUCCGGAUGUGGGCCCUGGGCCCCUGGAGUGGACGCUGCCAGAGGGAAGUCUGUCCUCACUGGCCCGCUGCAGGCCCCCCCCACCUGCUGACCGGCCUUCGCCCCUCCAUGGCGGGGCACGGCCGAGCCCCCAGGCCUGCCCCUCGGAUUUCAGCCCCCCGAGUCCCUCGGGGCACACAGAAGCCCGGGCUCACCCCCAGCACAAGGGGCUCUUCCGAGUGUCCUCAGCCAUCAGGGAGCGGACGCGCUGCAGCUGGAAGCCGCACUGUAACCGCAGGGCGGGAGGGAGGGAGAACUUCUAUUUUGUGUAACUCGGACGUCGGGGAGCGGCCGCGCCAGCGCAGGCUGUGCCCCGCCCGGCGUCCCGGCGGCGAGCUGGGCGUCUGGCUGGGACAGCGGGUGUGGUGCGCGGGCGUCGUGAAGACUCACCAGCAGAAAGCAUCAUUCCUUUGCUACAGAUUACCAAAAAUUGUCUUUUCAGUUCAGGAGUUUCUUUAUAGUAUUUUAGGAAAAAAUCAAUAAACCGUUGAUCUCCCGAC